AGAAAGCGCCCCCGCCGCCCCCGCCGCCCACCCUGUACGUGCAGCUCCACGGAGAGACCACCCGGCGCCUGGAGGCGGACGAGAAGCCAUUGCAGAUCCAAAACGACUACCUCUUCCAACUGGGAUUUGGGGAGCUGUGGAGGGUGCAGGAGGAGGGCAUGGACUCGGAGAUUGGCUGCCUCAUCCGCUUCUAUGCAGGAAAACCUCACAGCACCAGUAGCUCUGAACGGAUUCAGCUCUCAGGAAUGUACAAUGUCCGUAAAGGCAAAAUGCAGUUGCCAGUGAACCGAUGGACAAGACGCCAAGUCAUCCUGUGUGGGACCUGCCUGAUAGUAUCAUCUGUGAAAGACAGCUUGACUGGAAAGAUGCAUGUUCUGCCACUAAUUGGUGGAAAAGUAGAAGAAGUGAAAAAGCACCAGCACUGUUUAGCAUUUAGCUCCUCUGGACCCCAAAGCCAGACUUACUACAUUUGCUUUGAUACUUUCACAGAAUACUUAAGGUGGCUGCGACAAGUCUCCAAGGUUGCAUCCCAGCGCAUUAGCUCAGUGGACCUCUCCUGUUGCAGCCUGGAACAUCUUCCUGCCAACCUCUUCUACAGCCAAGACCUCACUCAUCUAAAUUUAAAACAAAACUUCCUACGGCAAAACCCUAGCCUGCCAGCUGCCAGGGGGCUCAAUGAGCUGCAGAGGUUCACCAAGUUGAAGAGUCUUAACCUUUCCAAUAAUCACUUAGGGGACUUCCCAUUAGCAGUCUGCAGUAUUCCAACCCUGGCAGAGUUGAAUGUGUCCUGCAAUGCCCUGCAAGCAGUCCCAGCAGCCGUGGGAGCUAUGCACAACUUACAGACAUUUUUGUUGGAUGGAAACUUUCUCCAGUCCCUUCCUGCUGAGUUGGAGAACAUGCACCAACUUAGUUAUCUCGGUCUUUCUUUCAAUGAAUUUACUGACAUUCCAGAGGUAUUGGAGAAAUUGACUGCUGUGGAUAAACUUUGUAUGUCUGGAAACUGUAUGGAGACCCUUAGGCUACAGGCUUUAAGAAAAAUGCCUCACAUUAAACAUGUGGAUCUAAGAUUGAAUGUAAUUAGGAAGCUAGUAGCAGAUGAAGUAGACUUUCUGCAGCAUGUCACUCAGCUUGACCUGCGAGACAAUAAACUUGGUGAUCUAGAUGCUAUGAUUUUCAACAACAUUGAAGUUUUACACUGUGAAAGAAAUCAACUGGUGACAUUGAACAUCUGUGGCUAUUUCCUGAAAGCACUCUAUGCCUCUUCUAAUGAACUUGUUCAACUUGAUGUUUACCCAGUUCCCAAUUACUUGUCCUACAUGGAUGUUUCAAGGAACUGCUUAGAAAAUGUGCCUGAGUGGGUAUGUGAAAGCCGAAAGCUAGAAGUUUUGGAUAUUGGCCAUAAUCAAAUAUGUGAACUUCCAGCCCGCUUAUUUUGUAAUAGCAGUCUCCGGAAACUACUGGCAGGACACAACCAGUUGGCAAGUCUGCCUGAAAGACUGGAGAGAACCUCGGUGGAGGUUUUGGAUGUGCAACACAACCAGCUCUUGGAGCUCCCACCUAACCUUCUGAUGAAGGCUGACAGCCUGAGAUUCCUGAAUGCAUCUGCAAACAAACUGGAAACCCUUCCUCCUGCCACGCUUUCUGAAGAGACAAACAGUAUCUUACAAGAGUUGUAUUUGACAAAUAACAACCUCACAGAUAAAUGUGUGCCCUUGUUAACCGGACACCCUCAUCUGAAGAUCCUUCACAUGGCCUAUAACCGACUUCAAAGUUUUCCAGCAAGUAAAAUGGCAAAACUGGAAGAACUUGAAGAAAUUGAUAUCAGUGGGAAUAAACUGAAAGCCAUCCCAACAACUAUCAUGAAUUGCAGACGCAUGCACACUGUGAUUGCCCACUCCAAUUGCAUUGAAGUCUUUCCUGAAGUUAUGCAGCUCCCAGAGAUCAAGGUAUGUGGUUUUAUUCCAUAA